CUGGCCAGGGACAAGCUAAGGGGACUAGGCCUCACUUGAAGCCGGGGGCUCGCGUGGAUGUCUUCGCCGGAGGAGGCGCGGGUCGCGCCAGCCCCGGAAGGGGACCUGCCCCCGGAGUGGGAGACGGACGAGGAGCGCAUGGCCUUCCUCUUCUCGGCCUUCAAGCAGAGCCGGGAAGUCAAUGCCACCGAGUGGGACAGCAAGAUGGGCUUCUGGAGCGAGCUGGUGCUGAAGUGGGGACGCCGCCGGGGAGGGGUCCGCACCUGUCUCCGCGAGCUCCAGCAGGCCUUCGAGCGGCGGGGCAGCGUGCCCCUGGGGCUGGGCACCGUCCUGCGAGAGCUGCUCAGACGUGGGAAGUUGCAGAGGGAGUCUGACUUCAUGGCCAGUGUAGACAGCAGCUGGAUCUCCUGGGGCGUGGGAGUCUUUAUUCUGAAGCCACUGAAGUGGACCUUGUCUAGUGUGUUAGGUGACAGCAAAGUGCCAGAGGAGGAGGAAAUUCUGAUUUAUGUGGAGUUGCUUCAGGAGAAGGCAGAAGAAGUGUAUAAUCUGUACCAGAAUUCCACACUUUCUUCACACCCUGUUGUUGGCCUAUCAGAGCUGCGCUCCCUGUGCAACAGUGUCUGUCCAGAUGAAAGAACAUUCUGUCUGGUGCUGCUCCAGCUGCAGAAGGAAAAGAGGGUAACAGUCCUGGAACAGAAUGGCAAUAAGAUAAUGAAAUUUGCUCGUGGUCUGCAUGCCAAAGUAUCUCCAGUGAAUGAUGUGGACAUUGGGGUUUAUCAACUAAUGCAAAGUGAACAGUUGCUGUCACAGAAAGUGGAAUCCUUGGCCCAAGAAGCAGAGAGAUAUAAAGAAGAAGCUCGGAGUGCGUGUAAAGCUGGGAAAAAGCAGGUGGCGCUUAGGUGUUUGAAAUCCAAGCGAAGGACAGAAAGACGGAUCGCAGAACUUCACUCCAAGCUGGAUGUUGUACAAGGCAUUCUGGAUCGGAUAUACGCCUCUCAAACAGAUCAGAUGGUAUUUAAUGCCUAUCAGGCUGGAGUGGGUGCCCUGAAGCUGUCUAUGAAAGACGUCACUGUGGAAAAGGCGGAGAGUUUGGUGGAUCAGAUUCAAGAGCUUUGUGACACCCAGGAUGAAAUAGCCCAAACCUUAGCAGGAGCAGGAAUUAAUGGUUCAGAAGCUGAUACUGAGGAACUGGAAAAGGAACUGGACCGUCUCCUCUUGGACUCUUCAAAAGACCUUCUGGACCUGCCUUCCAUCCCACAGAAGCCAUUAUUUCCUACCUCUGUGGUACUUCCAAACGUUUCAGAUGCAGAGCUGGAAGCAGAGUUGGAGAAACUUACCCUUUCAGAGGGAGAAUUGGCACAAGAGACUGACCUGAACGCCUCUGACCCCAAGCGAGCUCUUGAACUGCCCCUCUAAUGACUCAAUACCAUCCUCCUACAAUGAAGAUGUCUUAACUUCAGUGAUCAUAACUCCAAAAGUAACUUGUGGAAUGUGGGCUACGGACCCUUCUUGCUAGACAGCACUUUUGUAAGAAACAGGAUGUACUGCCACGACAAUCCAUCCUCUUUCAGAUAGACCCCAGCUGCUGUUUCCAUUGUUAUUUCAGUGCCAAACUACAGUGUCUCUGGUUGACCUGUGUUGCCAGGCCUGGCUGCCCGUCUCUGACAAGUUGACUCUUCUGCUGGGAUUUUAAUUUGCCAGGCCACACCUCAAGGGCCUUCCCGCAACUUAACCGGACUGAACUUAGUAGUUACAGCCUUUGAGGAGAACCAAAAAUGCAAUAGGAUCACAUUUUCCCAGGCAUCCAGUUGUUGUGCAAAACAUCUGGUGCACACAACAAAAGAUACUGCUCUGGUAUCCAGCUGUUGGCAGCAGACAUACACUUACGUUGAUGGUUGUUCUCUUCUUUAUUUGUGUUUGCACGGUUGUGGACGACAUAGAUGUGUGACAGUUUUAUUGUAGGAGAUUUUUGGUUGCUGUUCGCACAAGGGGCCAGCACCUGCCAGCACAAAAUAAAAUUUAUCCCCCUUUCCUCAGUGCUAGUAUAGCCUCAAUGGGACCUGCAAAGGAUUUUAAAAUGAAAGUGGCUAGGCUUUUGUUAAUACUUGAAGGUGACCAAGUCUUAAUAAGGGCUUGCCGUCUGCUUGCAGGUAGGACAGGCAGUGUUGUUUUUUGCUUUGGUGGAACACUUCCUUCAAUAUUUUCAGAAGGUUUAAGGUGUGCUUUUAAACCAGAACCACAUAGGUGGUGACUUUAUAUUGUCAAAAAGACUCUUUAGUCACAGCUGCUGGAAGAUGUUUAAAAUCACUGAACUCUGAAUUGCUAUCUCUGCACUUCUGGCAUCUUUCUUGGAUCAUUACUGUUUUCUACCAAUCCAGGCAACACAUCAGUGUAACCUGACAGAAAACAGGAUAACAAGUUAGUGGGUAACAAGCCAGUUAACCUACGGGGAAGGCUUUCAUCUCUCUGGAGAGAGUGCAAUUGUUCAUCCCUUUUGCAGGUCACCUUUUAUAAACCAUGUAUGCGCACAAGAGUGUGAGCUUGUGUUCUUUCUUGAUGGCACUUGCUUUCUGUGCAGUCCAAAUAACUGGUGGAGAAGAGACUGGCACUUUGCUUGAGCGUUGAUGUCCUGCAUGGCUCUCCACAUAGUACCCAGAGGGUGGGAGCUGGAUAUAGGGAGAAGCUGUGAUAAGUUGAAGCUGGCUGUAGACUCAAAGCUGAGUCUGAACAAUAUAUGCUUGAAGGCAUAAUGGUGUUUAUGACAUUUGCAAAAGACAUUUGCCUGAAUCAGAAGUGGGCAAACAGCUAACUGUGCAUCUUCAGUGUGCUAUGUCAGAAUAGAUACUGUGCUGGUUCCCACAAGGCAACUGUACUGUGUCUUUGUUCAUUUUCUCUCUCCUUUUCUUUCUCUUCCCUAUCCCCCUCUCUCAGUUCAACACAUCACAUAGCCUUGUAGUUAAAGCAGAUGAUGGAAUUGUGUUAAAUAAUUUUAAUGGCCUUGUACUUUGUUUGUUUAGAAAACAGAUGAGAGAGGGAGGAAAAGUAAUCACUGUUGGCUUUUUCAAAAAAAAAAAACCCCAAUGAUGUAAUAAAGGGGAGAAAACACUCAA